AUGGCCGACCGCAUGGAAAUUGACUCCAGUGACGAUAGCUGCGAGAUGACUGACGCGAAUCAGCAACUUGAACGCGAACUCCUUCAGUGCCAGCAAGGAUCAUCUCCAGCUGCUGUGCAUUCGCGUCGAAUUGUCUCGCUCGGGGUUUCUCCUCAUUACGUGAGUCACUGGACCUCUGCCGAUGCCUUUCGGGAACUAUAUCAGAAUUGGAAGGACGCCAUAUUGGAACGGUUCCAGAUCGAUCAAAUCGCCUUCCGGCCAUACUUCGUCGACGCCUGCGAUCAUUAUGCCGUCAUGGUACCAGACCCCGCAGACCCCGAGGGCCGCCGAUCCCUGGGAUUCAUCAAGUAUGAUAAAAAGUCCAGUCGGGUCACUUUGGCGAAUGCCUGUAUGCAAUUGUCCGUCGAGGCUCUCGAGUUAGGCUUCACUACCAAGGGCAGCCAGGACCAAUUGGCGGGUUCCCACGGCGACGGUCUCAAGCUGGCAGCCGUGGCCCUGUCCCGGGAUGUGUAUAGGCUGCAGCUGGCGGCAAGUCGGUGUUCCUGGAAUUUUCAUUUGCAGGAGCCAUGCGAGUCUCGUCUCCAUUGUACCAUCACCCCAUCGCGCCAAUCUGGGCCCACCCGGACGGACUGGGCCGAAGAUAUUGCGGGACUGCGCUUCCACCCCGAGCGAGAUGUUGCCGUGCUCAUCGGCCCUGGACGCACCACCCAGGGUCGGCCGGUGGCACCUGAAGGAUUUUUCGAGUGGCUGCAAAUAUCGUUGGAUAUUCGUGGCCUCGCCUACCCGUCCUCGGUUGUCGAGACAAGCCACGGGGACCUGCUUUUUGACCAAAAUCUCCUUGGUAGGAUUUAUGCCCACGGUGUGCUAAUCUCUGGAACAAACUCGAUUUACCCGUUCAAACUUGGUUAUCACUUUACAGAGGGGAAAUUCAAUCGCGAUCGGCGAUGGCUCAUGGACCGGCAUGGACUGGCAGAGCGAGUGUGCCGGAUCUGGGAGUCCGCCCUUCAAACGCACGAGGACGUCCUUCUUCCGAUAUACGUGAGCCUCCUCCGAAAGACACCAGCGCUGAUGGACGUUAGUCUGGCUGCUGAUUUGCUCUUACCCUCGACGAUAUCCCGCAUCUGGACGUAUUUGCUACACGAGUCCAAGGGCAAGGACUUUUUCUAUUGCGAAACAUCCGGAGCCCAGGAUGUCAAGAUGAUACGAGAGACCAUUGGAAAAAGGCCUAUGAGGCUGUCGCGAGAAUUAUGGCGCCUACUGCGGUCGACUACACCUAUCCGCAGUGCUGCGGAAGAACUUUCAAUGCUUUUCCAAAAUGCCGAGGUCUGUAGCCCCCCGAGUACCACCUUCUCGAGAACCGUGCGGAAGGCACUGAGAGCAUGUUUUGCCUUACUGCAUUCGAUGCAGGAGAUUCAAGUGGUUUACGUCAAGGGGUUCGAUAGUAGGGCGGAUGUUGUGUAUAAUCCUCAACAAAAGACACUGAAGGUCCACCGCCGAUGGCUGGACUUUGACGGUACACAUCAGCGAACGUCGUGUCGGAACUGGACUCUUCGUAGUGCGAAUAAGGAAAGCGGAAAGCGCGAACCCUUCGUUUGCGGCCACAUCAUUGAGGAGCUUUUAUCUCUUUCCAUCUCGUCGGUGUUUGGAGGCUCUCAGACCCCUCGGACCACUGAGAUGAGAUAUAUGCGCCAUAUCCGACGUCUACUCCGGUACAUGCCACACCAGAUCACUUUGACGCCCUCGGAGGGUGGCUUGACGGUUGCUUGGGAGGAUAAUGAGACAGAGCUGUUUCGGAAGCAUGGUCUCGAUGGGGCGGCGUAUCAUGUGAUACUACACGAGGAAAGCUGUAUCAGCAUGAAGCAGGAGCUCCUGCAUCCGAACCCAGGUAAGCCUCGAUCGAUCGUCGCUUAG